AUGGAGCCGUCCCGUGGGGCCUCAUUGAAAACGACCGAAGAUUCUCACCUCCAGAAGGCCCGGUGCAGUCUUGCUAAAGAAUGGGCGACUCAUGAUAAUUACAGUGAUUCCAAGGCACUCGACGACUCUCUAGCACCGCAAAAGUGGGACAUUGUCCGAGUACAUCGUUCUAAGGCACUCCUCAAACAUGGCCGCUUUGAUGAAGCCUUGUCAGACUUAAAUCCUCUGCCUGAUGCUCAAGAAAUCCUUGAAGAGGCCCUCUUACAGAAAUCGCUAGCGGCGUAUCACCUUCGGCGGUACCAAGAAUGUUGGAGCACUAUCUUAGAGUGCUGUCAGAAAUACCCGAAGAAUAUAGAGGCCGAGACCCUUUGCAGCCGGGUCCUGGAUAGAGUAAAGGAGAUUUAG